AUGUCUAAACCUAAAGAAAGUUUUGGGGUUGAUUUUAUAAUGGGUGGUGUUUCGGCAGCCGUAGCUAAGACCUGCGCCGCUCCCAUUGAAAGAGUAAAAUUGCUGAUGCAAAAUCAAGAUGAAAUGAUGAAGCAAGGUUCUUUGGAUGCUCGUUAUAAAGGAAUUGUAGACUGUUUUGAACGAACUGCCAAAAAUGAAGGUACAAUUUCAUUUUGGCGGGGGAAUACUGCUAAUGUAAUUAGGUAUUUUCCUACUCAGGCCCUAAAUUUUGCAUUUAAAGACAAAAUCAAAGCUAUGUUUGGUUUCCAAAGAGAAAGAGAUGGCUAUUCAAAAUGGUUCAUGGGUAACUUACUGUCUGGUGGUACCGCUGGUGCAAUAUCACUAGCUUUUGUAUAUUCACUGGAUUAUGCGAGGACGAGAUUAGCUGCUGAUGGAAAGAAUGCUGCGCGCAGCUCCCAUCAAAGACAAUUCAAUGGUCUUUUGGAUGUAUAUAAGAAAACACUCAAAAGUGACGGUAUUCUGGGUCUUUAUAGAGGAUUUGUUCCAAGUGUGGCUGGUAUUAUAGUCUACAGAGGUCUUUAUUUUGGACUUUAUGAUUCAUUCAAACCUGUAUUGUUGACAGGAAAACUAGAAAGAUCAUUUCUAGCAUCCUUUUUAUUGGGAUGGGUUGUUACUGUCGGUGCGUCUACCUGUUCAUAUCCAAUAGAUACAGUUAGAAGAAGAAUGAUGAUGACGUCAGGGCAACAAGUAAAAUAUAAUGGAUCUUUUGAUUGUUUUAAACAGAUAAUAUCCCACGAAGGUGUCACUUCUUUAUUUAAAGGUUGUGGAGCCAAUAUUUUCAGAGGCGUAGCUGCGGCAGGUGUUAUUUCUUUAUAUGAUCAAUUGCAGCUUUUGUUGUUUGGCAAGAAAUUUAAAUGA